AUGAAGCACAUGGAACUUGCACCACCGCCAACGGAUCAAACGUUCUAUAUGCCGCAUCACCCCGUUAUAAAAGAGUCAAGUGUCACGACUAAAUUGAGAGUCGUGCUCAAUGCGUCCGCCAAAACCACCACCGGGAAUUCGUUGAACGAUGCAUUAUUUGUUGGUCCCCAAUUGCAACCUGAUUUAUAUUCUAUUUUAACACGUUUCAGAACGCAUCGCUACGCAGUAACCGCGGACAUCGCGAAAAUGGACCGCCAAAUAUGCAUGUCCACGAAAAACCUCGAUCUACAACGUAUUGUCUGGCGUCGUGACCCGACGUUACCCAUAAAGGAUUAUCGCAUGUUGCGCGUUACUUAUGGCGUUGCCGCCGCGUCCUACUUAGCAGUUAAAUCGCUGGAACAAACCGCAAAAUAUUCGUCACACAUUUGUGAGAAGAAUGCUGCCGUCAUACAUAAGGACUUUUACAUGGAUGAUCUCCUCACUGGUGCGUCUUCUAAAGAAGAGCUGCUAGGUUUGCAACGAAACGUCUCCGAAAUACUGAAGGAAGGGGGUUUUGAACUUCGAAAAUGGGCGUCUAAUUGUGCGGAGCUUUUUGAAAAUGUUUCGAAUGCAUCAGAAAAUAUAUUACACUACCUAGUCGAUAGUAAAGAUGUCCAUGCCUUGGGCCUUAUAUGGAAUACAGAGGAGGACUACUUCACGUUCUCAGUUAAUCUGAAUCAACCACCCACUAUUUUAACGAAGAGAAAUUUCUUGUCUGAUGCUAGCACGCUUUUCGAUCCACUGGGGCUGCUCGCUCCAGCGACCAUAAGAUCAAAGAUGUGGUUUCAGGAGAUCUGGCGUAUGAGUGUCGAUUGGGAUGACGUUAUUCCAGACUGCAUCGCAGCACAGAGGCGACAACAUCGCUCGGAAUUGCUACUGCUAUCAAGUUUAAAGAUAAGUCGCUGGUUUGGCACAGGAGCAGGUGAGUCGUUCACUGAGCUACAUAUUUUCGCUGACGCUUCCGAGCGCGCUUACGCUGCCGUAAUGUACGCGCGCACAUUACACAACGACGGCAGUAUUACUGUCGUGCUGAUCUCGUCGAAGACUAAGGUAGCACCACUUAAAACAACAACCCUGCCGCGCUUAGAAUUGUGCGCUGCACAUCUUGCUGCUAAAUUGGCGCGAAGCGUGUUACAUAGCUGGGGUGAUCUCCGCUAUCCGAUCUACGCUUGGACUGACUCAAUUAUCACAUUGGCAUGGCUUCAGGCGCAUCCUAGUAAGUGGAUAACUUUCGUUGCCAAUCGCGUUGCUGACAUACAAGAAGUUUUACCGCCUGAAUGUGGAACCAUAUCCGCUCUGAACUGA